GGCCCAGGCGCGCGAAGAUAGCUGGGAAGGUAAUCGGUGAAGAAAUGAAGGGAUGGCGGAUAAACCAUGAUAGUUUUUCACAAGAAAAAGACCAUAAUAUAACACAAAAAGAAGCGGGAAAUACAACCAGCUGAGAGAGGUUUUACAGAAGGUAUUAUCCACACGGUACAUUUCUCUUAAAGGUCACAAAAAUGGCCGAGCAGUCGGACAGUUGUUAAUGUAUAAAGCACGAGGUGUUGUGAACCACAGAUCUAGCUUUUGACUUCACUCGUCAAUUUUCAAUCGAUUAGUUGACAUGAAAAUGUUGGCAAAAACCUUCGAGAUAUGUUGGUCCUGUUUCUUGUGUUUGCAAUGGAUUUAUCAGUGGAACAGGAUAGUCUUGGAGCUAUUGAAUCUGAUGAAUUUUCUACAUCAUCAGAGAUCCUUUCAGAAGAGACCCAUUCUUUAAUGGCAUGUUCACCAGAUAACUGUCCUGAUGUACAUGUUACGGGAUCUGCUAAACAAGAUGAAGGAUCUGGAUUGUCUGCUGAUUGUUCCUCUGGUGUAGUGCAGUCUCUUGCCAAUGAAAUCAUAGAAGAGACCAGAAAUGAUGGAGCAGAAUGUGUUACCAUUGUAGCAGAUGCCAUUAACUGCAGUUCCCAAGUGUUAGGUGAAAGGACUGAAGGUGCAGAUGUAGAUGACACAGGCUUAUUAUACAUUCAAAACUGCAGUUCACCAGAAGAAAGUCCACAGACACAUAUGCUUCUACUGCCCAGAUCGCGAGAUGCCUCAAAAAACCUGUCAAGGAUGUUUGAAUGUGAUUAUGCUGAUUGUGGAAGAACAUUUACCACUGCUGCACAUCUCAGAUACCACAUGCGUACACACACUGGAGAAAAGCCAUACUCCUGUUCACACGAAGGGUGUGGGAGGAAUUUUACCUCAUCAGGUUAUCUGCGAUAUCACCAGUGUACGCACAGUGGAAAAAGAACCUUCAAGUGUCAGCAUCCAGGAUGUGAUCGUGUGUUUGCAUGGCCUGCACACAUGAAAUAUCACAUGAAGACACACACAGGGGACAGAGCAUAUCACUGUUCUUUUGAAGGAUGCAACAAAAGCUUUUAUGUGUUGCAGCGACUCAAUGUUCACAUGAGAGUUCACACAGGUGAACGACCAUACACAUGUAAUGUGGAGGGCUGUAUGAAAUCCUUUACCACACAAGGAAAUUUGAAAAAUCACAUGCGGAUACACACAGGUGAAAGACCCUACAAAUGUUCAGUGGAAGGGUGUGGUCGCACUUUCACGGAGCAUUCCAGUCUUCGAAAGCACAAGUUGAUACAUACUGGUGAGAAACCUUAUGCAUGUGAGAUCUGUGGAAAGACUUUUAGUCAGAGUGGAAGCCGUAAUGCCCAUCAAAAGAGGCAUGUGGAUCAAAAUAAGGGUGACAAGAGACCUAAGAAAGCACCGAGCAAGAAUGCUACUGCCUCUCUGAUCUCAGAUGGCAAUGAUGUUCACCAAACGAUACUUCCUCAUAUUGAAAACAUGGAUGAUACAGUUACAGGAGGUGAAGAUGAGCAGUCCAUUACAUCUCAAGCACUGGUCUAUACACAGGGAGAUCAUACUAUUGUAACACAGGCCACUGGCGACCAACUGGUGCUAGCUCAGCCAAUCGUAGCCAAGGAGGUGUCCAUAGAAACUACACCAGUUCACACAAUGUCACUUCUUGUGCAUACCACUGAUGACCCAAUGGUGAACCAUGACAGUCUUGUCCAGGCCACAGCAGAUGUUGUGUCUCUUGCAGAAACAGUGGUGGCGCAGCAGGCGGUCAUUCACACCAUGCUUGACAGCGCUGCCAUUAUUCCCACUACCAGCCAAUCAGAGUUGUCUGUUGUCGACCAAGUGCUGCAGCAGUCCAAUGUUGAACAAAUGAUGCAAAGUGUGGUGAGCCAGCAUAUGCUCAGUGGACACAUUCAAUUGCCUCUGUCUGAAGAGCUGCAACAGACACAAGAACAGGGUGGGACAGUACCCCAUCUGACAAUAGACCUGUCUGGGUUCAUUCAGCAAACUGAUGAGCAUUCCACUCCUGACGGCGAGGAGGAUGAGGAAGAACACGAGCAUGGUUAUCAUGUGGGAGCAGAUGGAAAACAGGAUAUACAAGAAAUUGACAGAACAAAUUAAUACACCUAGCUACCUAGGAUAAUCAUUACACUGUAACUGUUUCUUUGAAUUUCCAGACUUUUAAAAUUCAUGUACUAUCCUUCCUUUCUGGUAGUGUUAAUAAAGUAGGCAAUUUCAAAGUAAAGAACAUAGACUACAAGUAGUCCCUCUUUCGCUUAGUCCGUCGUGCGUGACGCGAAAGAAAACCGCGAGAAAAAAAUCGCCGCACGAAAUCCUGGGGCGUGGAGCGCGCUCCUCCUCAUCUCCAGGAUUUCGCGUGCGCGGCCAUUUUUUUCUCGCAGUUUUCUUUCGCGUCACGCACGUCGGACUAAGCGAAUGAGGGACUACUCGUAGUCUACAAAGAUUAACGUUACGUUGUUAUACAUAGUACAAGUAGAAUAGAAAUGAACCAAACCCUAACCCUUGCAUGUGUCAAUGUUUGUGGUCGACAAGAAAAGUAAAGAAGCUACUUUUGGUAUUGGUUUUGCUACUUUGGGCUCGUCACGCAACAUUUCGUUCAUGACAAGCCGAGAGAUGGUUUGAGCAGGAGGCUACGUAAUUUGAAACUUUGACACUAAUCAACUUUACCAGGGGAGUAAUGCAGCAUGGGAAAAAUCUUGCAGGAUAAAUAUUUGUGUAGUGAGAAAAAUAUUUUUGUACUGGGAUGAAUAUUUUUCUAAUGGAGAAAUAUUUUUGUACUGCCACCGAAGUUAUGGAUGCACUUGGGAGGUUUGCUAAGCACUCAAGAAGCUAGAGUUGCACUCGGCUAUUGCCUCGAGCGAUUCUUACGCGUCUUUCGUGCUUAGCAACCUCCCGCGUGCAUCCAUAACUCGAUACUUGCACGCCGCACGCUUACCGUGCUUCGCGUCAGCUGCAUAUAUCUACUUUGAGUCAUUACAUUGUCUGUGUGCCUGUCUGUCCUUUGUGAUUCGCUACAGUAAUCGUUCUAUUAGAACAAUUUAGCGGGAAAUCGACCGCAAUCUAGCCUUGAGUUCACAGAACACUCAUGAUUCCCCACAAGUGAAGAAUCGAAUGUCAAUUGCAAAACACUCCUCAGUCAGGAACUACAUUUUAAUGAGUGGAUCAGCCUGUAUUGCCAUAACUGACGAGGAAAUAAUCUGGUCGAUCAAGUUCAAUGUAAUUCUUGACCUGUGUGAAUUUGUGGUCAUAGAUUGCAAAGGUUGUAAUUACGAACAUAUUCAUCUAUGACGGGCGUAUUUAGCGCUUGCCUUGCAUGUGAAUUUGUGGUCACAGCUCCAGAUUGCUAAGGUUUGAAACUUUGUUAUCAACUGAUGCCAAUACAGAUUAAUUUUGGCUUGCAAGCAAAGCAAGAAAUGUUUCCUUCAUUUUCACAUGGAAAAUGUGGUUAACCCAAUUUUCCAAUACGCUAUAGUUUACAAUGCACGCCUUUUGUUACUAUUGCGCUAAUAGUAAACCUUCAAUAAUUUACUUUCCAAUUAGCGUGGCUCACAGCGAAGCUAUUCUAUAAAAUUACUAGUAAUAAUCAUGGAUUAGCUGAGUGCUUACGAGUCAAUACAGUUAACAGCAUUGGAUACUGCUUGGAUAAUUACAUUGUCACACCAACGUUCCUGGUUUUGACAUAUGCUGUGUGUAAUUUUGGCAAGUAUCAUCCACCACACUCUGAAUAUAAUGGCUCGCAGCCAAGCUAUUCUGUAAAAACUCAAAAACUGACUCAGAGAAAAAGGCGUGACUCAGUUUAAGAACCGCGCUCGCCCUAGGCCGCGCGCUUAAAAAAGUAAACAGGGCCCAAGGGCAAGCAAAAUUUACUGCGCCUUUCAAUAACACACGGACUUUAAGAGUCCGCAUGUUAUUGAAAGGCGCAGUAAAGCUGCUCCAUUCUUCUCCCCAUAGCCCUUUGCGCUUCUCUCAGACGAGAAUGGAGUUGCUCGUCCGAAGGGCAAGCGGGAAUUCAAGUUUUAGGGUCAGGGACGUUAACAAGAGACAGGUGGAAAAUUUGUUCUGGGGAAGUUCUCUAACGCACCAAGAAACUAAUGUUAUCUUGAACAGACCAAGAAACUAGUCAGGGAAACUGGUCUGAGAAAAGAGGUUUAUUAUAAAAGGUGUGGAGUACUCUCCUUGUGGAUUUAGGAAAAUUUUCAGUUCUUUAACAAGUUCCACAGAGUUGUAACUCGUCGACUCGCAUUUUAAGAAGAAGGCCAUUUGCUCUAAAUUUGACCACACUGGGCCUGGUUGUUCGAAAGCCGGUUAACGCUAACCCAGGAUUAAAAGUUUACCGAAGUAUUAAUUUUUCUUGUAUUAAAAUGUUUUUUUGCUACUCACGUUCUGUGUAGUUUGAGCUUAGUCAAGUUCAAAACCGAAGGACAAACAUACUAAACAGAAAACCUCACCGAAAAGUUACAAAACUGGAAUAUGAAUUCUUGUUGAACCUGCGUUAGCUUCAUUGAGCUUUGGACAACUACUGGAUAUUACUCUGUCAACAGGCAAGAGUUUUCUGGUCAACCAAGCAAAUGGAUGCUUACAGAACUUCGAAAGAAGACCCAUACCAUAAUCAGUGGCGCAUUAAGAUUGAUGGUUCCCCGUCUCUUUUAUCACAUCGAACUGAUUGGGUGGAACGACCACGCAUUUUUCCUAACGUGUUUGUUUUGUACAGCUUUAUUAAUGAGACACUUCUGCACCUUUGCUAACGAAGGGUAAUUAGAAGAGACCAAUAUUACUAACAAAAGCCACACGAGCCUGCAUGAUAUCAAGAUCUGAAAUAUCCUCAACGACAGAAAUUCUAAACAAAAGUCGCGAACAAUAGCUUAGUAAGGAGAUUUCCCUUUUACAAUCUGAAAGGUUAAUCAACUGUCACUUGCGUUCAUCGUGAUGAAGUUUUACAUUUCCACGACUUCUGCUACCAAGUUACUGGGAGUACUGUUCUAGGGGUACAGGUGUGGCCCCAUAGCGAGAUCAUUUCACUAUUACAUGUCCAGUUCUACAAUUUUGUUUGGUGGGAAAGACUUCGCUCACUUCACCAGUCAGGCCAGUGAACAUUUUUCUAACCGAGAACACAAUUCCCACUUUCGAAAGGGGUCUAGAGCCCAAUUUCUCAAACUCCUUGUUUAGACAAAGGAAUUUUUCUCCGCUUUCCUGUUAGUUUUGGUUUCGAUUGAGAAGAUAUAUAAAACAUUCGACAGUGUCUAAUCACACUUCCAAACACCUCUAAGUUCGUCAAAGAUACUUCCGCUACGCGUCGUGUUUACAACUCUCUCCUCGGCGUUGGAAAUGUUUAAUACUAUUCAAGCAACACGUUCACACAAGUUUUCCAAAUUCCUUUCAAUAACCCUUCCGCUAUUAAUCAACGGUCUAGAUCAUGAUUCAGGGUUAACUGUAAUUUACAGUUUCCAAGGGAAUCUCGAGGAAAACUGCUACCCAAAAUAAUACCUAUGUCAAAGCACUAAUACCAGGCAAAGGGAACCACAGACAACUCGUAACAUCAAAUCAUAUUUUAUUUUCUGCACAUGUCAAUAUACAAAGCAAACCCACAGACAAUAAAUCCAAUCAUAAUUUAUUUUCUGAAAAUGCCAAAAUACAAAGCAAUGCAGACAACUCGUAAAAUCCAAUCAGAAUUUAUUUGCUUAACAUGCCAAUAAUUAUACAAAGCGAAACAGUCGACUAAUAAAAUCCAAUCAUAUGCCAAUAUACAUCCAAA